UGAGAGAAAAUGGCCAAGAACAAACUAAGAGGGCAGAAGUCCAGGAAUGUAUUUCAUAUAGCCAGCCAAAAAAACUUUAAGAAUAAAAAUAAAGCAAAACCAGUUACCAUGAAUCUUAAGAAGAUAAACAUUGUGAAUGAUGAAAAAGUUAACAGAGUGAAUAAAGCUUUUGUAGAUAUACAAAAGGAACUUGCAAAUUUCUCAAAAGGCCUUUCCAUUGAACCUCUGCAGAAACAGCUGAUUCCUCAGCAGCAUCAUGAAAACAAACCAGUUAAUGUUGAUGAGGCUACAAGAUUAACGGCUCAGUUGUAA